GACCGCCGCCCUCUGCUCCCUGCAGGCCCCGGCGCUUUGGCAGCUGCUCGUCUCCGUGCUCUCGCAGCUGCGGGCUGACGGCGCCUCCACUUCGCUCAACCUGGAGGCCCAAGCCCGCUGGGUGAAGUCCGCGCUGCACUCCCAGGGCUACCCCCGGCUGGCUCAGUUCCCCAAGGAUGGCUCCCAGGGGAGCCGCGAGCUGCUCCUGGCCCUUUCCUGGCUCCUGGCCGGCGGGCCCCUGCUUGAGCGGCUGCUGGCCCAGACCCGCGUGCGGCUGGGCGAUGAGAUGCCUGUGUGUGAGUGUGAGGCCCUCAGCCCUGGACGCCCGGCACCCCGUGUGGAAGCGGACAGCUGUGUGGGCUGCGUGGACGUGCGCCAACUGCAGUGGCUGAUGGGAAAGCUGCGUUUCCGGUGGCGAAACCUGAUGGCCAGUCAGCAGGAGCAGUGCGCCCUCCUGGGCAAGAUCCACUCAUACACUCGUGGCUGUCACGGCGACCACAGUCUUGGCCACCUGUCUAUCACUGAAACGGAGCUGCUGAGGGACCCAGAGUGCAGCCGGCAGGUGCUGCGGAGCCUGGAGAGGGAGAAUGCACGCCUGGAGGCCGCCCUGGAGUGGCGCCGCAGGGAGCCGGUCUUCUGGCAGUGGAUGGACACAGUCCUGGGCGCCUGUCCCCCGGAGGCUCCGCAGCCCACGAGUGUGCCUGGGGUCCGGGAGCACGGGGCUGACGAGUUGGCGCUGCUGGUGCGGGAGCUGCAGGCUCUGCAGGAGGAGCUGCAGGCGGCGGCCGAGGCCCGGCGGGCGGCCUGGGCGGCCCGGGCGGCCAGGGUUGGAGGCCAGGGCCCUGACUGGGACACUGCACAGCGGGCCGCACGGGAGGCCGUGGCACAGGAGCUGGCGGCUCUGCGACAGGCCUGGGAGCGAGGUGGGGGCCUGGCCCAGCCCCACGGACGCAGUGGGCGCCUGAGGCCAGUUGGAGGCCAGGGCCCUGACUGGGACACUGCACAGCGGGCCGCACGGGAGGCCGUGGCACAGGAGCUGGCGGCUCUGCGACAGGCCUGGGAGCGAGGUGGGGGCCUGGCCCAGCCCCACGGACCCCACCGGCUGGUCAGGAGUGAGGCUGGGCUCCCUGCGGGUCCUGGCCUGCGGGCUGCCGAGGUGAUUGGGGCACUGAGGAGCCAGGAGGCCUGCCUGGAGGCGACGCUGCACCAGCUUCAGGGACGGUGCCGGCAGGAGCUGGCCAGGCUGGCGAGAGCCAAGCCCGGCCUCAUCUGGAUCCCGCCACCUGGACGCUGA